UUGAACAUGAACAACAUGCUAUCAAUGAACCCGCCGCUUACAACUAUGCUUUUGUGCCUAUCGACUCUGGGCUUACUGACAAGUAUUCAAAACGUAAUGGCAGACGAAAGUAAUCCAUGCGGUGACUUGGACAUGAGACAAAACCAGCUGUUGGACAUUGAGGGGCUGCAAGAAAAGGGCAAGGGGUUCUACCUGGGGGCGAAAGAGGCAGAUGAUGCGUCUGUGUGUGCCCAGAUGUGCUGUGAUGUGUACUCGUCUGUCAUGGAAGAAAUGGGAAACAACGCCGAGUCUUGUAACACGGCUGUGUUCUUCCGCGAAGAGAGCAGAAGUGAGACUUGUUAUCUCGUGCACUGCAAUGAGCCAAACUGUGGAUCAGAAUUUUUGCUGGAAAGCCAAGUUAGCGAGGAGAGCACAUUCGUCAUAUUUAUCGAAGACUUCCACGGAGUGGAAGAAUCUGAGGCGAACUUCUCUCAAACAUCCCCGUCCGCGGAAACUGAAGACGAGGAAUCCAGUGAAUCAGGCGAAGAAUCCGACAAUGAAUCCAUCGAGGAAUCAGACCAAGAUUCCGAAGGUGAAUCCGUUGAAGCUGACGAUGAAUCCGAAGAAGACGAAAGUGAAUCGGGAGAAACUGACGGUGGGUCUGAAGAAUUCCUUGAUAAUUCGGGGGAGGAGUCAGAAACGACAUCUGAAGAGUCUUAUGGCGACGAAUCGGACGAAGGCUACGAGUACGAAGAUGGUGAUUACGAAGAUGGCGAUUACGAAGAUGAUGACUUUUAUGAAGAAUCGAACAAAAAUUCAGGCGAUAUCGAGUAUGAUGACUUUUUUGAUGCUGUUUUAAAGCCCAUGGGCGAUGAAGAAAACUUCACUGAUGAAGACGAUAACACAGAAGAAGCAGGCAACAGUUUUGAUUCGAUCUCGUCCAAUCUGAACUCAGCUCUGGCCCAUCCAUCGGACGAAAUAGGACUGAUUCUAAUCUCUGUUUUCUGUGUGGUAGCGGCAGUGACCGCCUCUGUUUUGAUGGCCAACAAAGUGUACCAGCAUUACCAGAGAAGAAGAUUGUACGACAAACUGGAUUACAUGUCACAAGAGCCCCUAUAUGGCAAUAGCGAAUACCAUGAUUAAAAAAUGAGUUUUUAAAUCAUUAAAUCUAAUCUUCAAUUUGUUUCGGAUAAAGGAUGCAUUUGUUUGGUUAAGGUUCAUUCGAUUUUUUUGGUUUGGAUUUCAAUAAAUUUACUGUAGAGAAUCAA